CCGUGUUUACUAGCAACAGCUUAUUGUAAAAAGAAAGAAAAUUUCGAAAGCGACAGCAGCAGCAGAAGCAAUAAGCUCGGUUUAUUCUGUGACUAUUUGUUAAAGCGGGAAGUAAAAUUCCAUGCUAUUUGAACAGUUUAGCUUCACAGGAACAUCGUACUUUCUUGAAUCUAUCUGACAACCAAGAUGGCUUUGCCAUGCGUACAGAAUUCAGGAAUGACGCUUAAAAACGAUUUACAUCAAUUGCUGCAGCUGUUUAUACAGCAGUAUUUUGCUGUAAGCUUGAUUAAAACUGAUUGAAAAGUAAUCAGUAGCAUUAGGUGAGAUUUCCCAGAAUGCAGCCUGAUCCAGAUGAACACUCACAUCCUGGGAAAGAGGAUCUUCAGUGGGGUCCAGGAGUUCAAAGAGAGAAAGUUGAAGGGAGCACUCCUUCACCAGCAUAUACUAAAAUAGCAGAAACAGCAAGACGCUGGAUUAAUCCUGAAACUCAAUGUGCCAUGUUCUGUGGGGGGCAAAAUUGCAAAUACUGCACUAGGAACCAUUGGCAGGCUUCUCAAAUGGCAAUUGAGGGCCUUUAUUCUUCAUGGGUAACAGAAAACAUAUUAGCAAUGGCAAGGCCUUCAAACUAUGGUUUUGAUAACUAUGGGUUCCUGGAGCAGUUUGAAAAAAAUGGCAUAAAAACGGUCAUCAACUUGCAAGAACCAGGAGAGCAUGCAAGCUGUGGCUAUGGCAAUGAUGCAAGUGGCUUUUCCUAUAACCCUCAGCGCCUUAUGGAAAGAGAUAUUUAUUUCUACAAUUUUGCUUGGCAUGAUUAUGGAGUGGCACCCAUGUCUACUAUGCUUGACAUUGUCAAGGUCAUGCAGUUUGCUCUCUCUGUUGGCAAAGUAGCUGUCCAUUGUCAUGCUGGGCUAGGUCGUACAGGACUUCUGAUUGCUUGCUACUUAGUAUUCAAUAACAGGAUCAAGGGUGGGGAUGCUGUACAUUAUGUGCGAUCAAGAAGACCUUGUUCCAUACAGACUUCCCAACAGGUGGAAGCUGUGCUUGAUUUUGAAAAACAUCUUCUGCCUUUCAGGAUCAUUUUCCCUUCAAAGAUUGAAGGUGGCCAAGAAGUGACAUUUAGGUGCUUUCUUAAUCGACAGAGUCAUACGCUACAUGGAUAUGAAGCCCGAAAAUUGAAACACAUACCAAAAGUACUGUACAUAUGCUGUGAGCGGCAAUUAGAGCUGGCUGGGUGCGGCAGCACAUUGCAAAAGGUCCAGAAUAGCCCCAAAAAUAUCAAGCAACCAUUCACGUCAAAAACAAGUACCAUCCAUGAAGCAGCAUCCUAUCAUAGGAUUGCUUUGAAAUCUCCAGACAAUAUUCAUGGUGUUGUACAUAUUGACCCUACACGCAGACUCAGCCUAAGCUUUGAGGACCUGACCAACAAGAAAUUUAAGAAAGUUCUUGCUACAGAUGGUUACAACAGCGACAACAGCUCACAGGAUUCUGAGGUUGAUGUAACUUCCAAGAACGAAAUCUGCUGUUCUGAAGCUUGCAGCUCAAUAAAUAGUCAAUCUGCUGAAAACUUGUCUUCAGAACAGAUGCAAGACAAACGGGAAAACAAAGUUUAUGACAGCCAUCUUGCCGUUCCAGCACAAGGCAAAAAGAAAGUUGCACUCCAUAGCAGCUUUUCUAAUUCUAGUUAUGAAAUUUCCAAUGAAAACUUUCCUUCCAUGAAAAUGCAAGACACAGCAGAGUAUUACCUCAGUGACAGCGUUUCUUCUGAACAGAUGCAAGAUAAAACACAUGACAACGCCCAACAAUCAGGCUGUCCACCAGGAACUGGUCGAGUUCAGGUGACAACUGUAAAUGAAGGAAAAGGCAAAAUGCCGACCCUUAAAGGUCUACUAAACAUAUUUCAAAGCAAAGAUGAUAAUAGACAGGCAAAGGUAACAAAAAAUGAUCCUGAAGGCACAACUUCAACUGGGAGGGUUUCAGAAAGUCGGGCACAGGAGGUUUCUUUAGAUGUGAAAGGUUUUUCAGUCCUCAACACUACUCUUGUCUGUGAAUCAUUGGCAAAAACGGAGUAUACAUCUUAUGUCAGAGACAGAGCAGAGUAUAUAGAGACCCAGCUAAAUUUAACAGAUGAGGCUUGGAGCAUGCUAGCUCUUGAAGACAACCCUGAUGUACUGAGCGCUGUGCUGUGGGACUGGCUAGACCAGUUGAAGGAGCCACUGUUGUCAAGGCAGGAUUUGAACAUCUUGUUUGAGAAACAGGGGACUCCUGUUAAUGUGUUACAUCAUUUGGAAAGGAGCACCAAGCACUUCUUAGAAUACCUGGCUUCUUUUAUCUUCAAAAUUUUCCCUCAAGAAAAAGAGCUGGAGAUAACCAUUCUUGAGAGGUUUUUGUCUUUUUUGACUCACCAGUUUGUCUUGACUCAGCUGAAGUCAUUCACCCACAAUCGAGAUCUUUAUGAACACUGGAGUGACAUGCAAAGUCAUGAGAGCUCACGCCUGCUUUAUUUUUUUUUUGAGCUCAUAAAUGAAGUUUCAUUCUGUAAAAAAAUCAAAGUAGAACAAAGGUGACAACCAGGGAUUGGUAUGAUAGUACUAACAGCUCUAAUAAAAGUACUCCAAGGCAUUUUCUUUGCAGUAAUAUUUCAUGUCACUUUUAAUCCAAGGUUUUCCGUAGCUGCUGGAUGUUUGCUGUGAUUGGAUUGAGAGGACAAUGUCAUUGUAGGCUGCAAGGUUUAGUGGAGCAUAGCCUCAAGUUUUUUUUUUUUUAUUAAUGCAUCAGGUCACACGUGGAUUAAAAAAAUCUACCCCCCAUUGAUGAAAAAUUACUGGUUAAAUAUUUUUCUACUCAUGUAUUUUUGGAGACCAUUUUGGGAUCAACAAAUAGAGCUAAAUGCACAAAUGCACAUGGUUUUUAUGUCACCUGCAGGCUGCACCUUCCAAACCAUUGUACAAAAUGUUAUUUCGAAUUAAAAGGAUUUUUAUUUGUGGUGAAAGAUGUGUUUUCUCCUGCAAAUGCAAGUGCUCUUUUCAGGCAUUGAGAAUUGCAGAAUAUAGACAAGUAAUGAAGUUACAGUUUGUGAAUGUGGUAUUUGUUGCUGUAAAAGAAGAGAUGAACAUGACUGGAAAGGCUGUUUUCAGAACUCUAGCUUUUAUAAUAAAAUAUUGACUGAUGUCAAAACAUUAGCUCACACCCUUUAAAACACUCUUUAGAGAAAAAUUGAAUAAUUGCUUGUGAAAGACUAGAUGAAAUUUCAUACGAUUCAAAAUGCAGAAAAUAUCUGCUACUGAGUUUAGACCAUGAGCUGCAUAGCUGCAUCUCUAAAACAGUUUUGUGAUUUUUGUGUGUGAUAGGCAAGACAAUAAGUGAGCACAUUCUUUAACAUUCUAUAGCAAUCUGUACAAGCUGUUUCUUUUCGUUUCACCUGAAGUACAUAUCUCAUGAGAACUGGAGAGCAAUAAAAAUGAUUCAGGCAAUCUGUCUAACAAGAUGAAAACAUAUGUUUCUUGCAUUCUUUCCAGAUGGAAUUCAUAUUUCAGCAAGCCACUUUCAGCAUUCUGCAUCCCAAAUCCAUAUUUCACAUAAAAAUGCAAGACUAACACUAACAACGAAGAAAAAGGAAAAAAAAUCUCUAGGGCCUUUUCAUAAUAUUUGUAAUAUAUUGACAGAUGUAUGGGCCUGUUCUAAUUUUUUUCCACAAGUUUGGCACAGAGAAACUAAUUCCUUGACAAUGCAUUCCAAAGAAUUCCAAUCUCAUGUCUUCUUUUUUUUUGCUAGUGGUCGACACCAUAAAAGUGGAAAUCACCGUUUUGUCUGUUCUCAGUUAUUGUAUUUUUAAAAAAGAUUUCUAAAAGCAACAGAUUCCAUAGUGACUGGUGUGUGAGAUGUUGAUAACGCAUCGGCACCUUGCCAAAUGCAUGGUUUUCAGUUGAAGUAUCUGGCCCUCCUUGUGAAGCAUGGUCGCUUUCAAACUAUAUUAUUCUAUAAAUAAUAAUAACUGAAUUUGCAGAGCAUUUUUCCAUGUAAAGGUGAGCUCAAUGAGUUGAACACGAAAAAUUACAAACAAACCAACAACAUAAAAGAAACACAAGUGUUGGCAUAGAAUGGCAAGGUAAAGAUGAAUGAAGUACAUGGAUAAAGAUGAACUGACGAGUACGCUAGAUUUGACAGAUAAUAUUCUAACAUUAGCAAUUCUUGAACUGGCUCAGGAACAUGCACCAAAAUCUAUUUAAUAUUUGGUUCCAGCUUGCAGAGCUCAUAGACAAUCAUGCACUUGUGCCAAAGAACAAUAAUGAAAUAAUGGAAAAGAUAAUAAAUGUUAGCAAGAACUGAAUUCUGAAAGUAUCUAAACAGAAGUUAUGAAGUAAGUAUAUGAUUGCAUGGAUUUUUUAGAGAACCUUGGAUUUUAGGUACUAACUCAACUAAUUUUGAGUGAUAUGCAACAUUCAAUAAAACAGUUGAAAUAAU